CUUUUUAUUGUGAUGUAUUUUUAUGCUAUGCAUUGUGUGCCAAGUAAAUGUUUCCAUGCUCAAGGGAGCUUUAUUCACCAUCCUUCUUAUCUACCGCUCACCUGAUGGAAAACACUGAAUGAGAUUUAGAUGGGGUCAUAGAGAUAGUUGUCUUAUUACUUUAACAUUAGCAUCACAGUUUACAUUUGGUUUGAAAACUGCUGGUGCUGUAAUUUCAAAUCUGUCUGCUGUCAAGUGACAGAUGAGCAUUAGGGACAUUUUUUUUCUCUACUGGUGCAUGGAAGUACUACUAGGAGCUUAGCCAAUGAUUAACUGAUACAAUGUUUGACAACUUUUGACGUAGCCUGAGUCCUACAAAUCCUGCCCAGCAUCAGAAGUGUCAUGCAUGCUCCCUUCAUUUUCAAUCUUGUUUGAUAGCAGCUGUGAGUGUGCUUUAUCUGUCAUAUCUCUCUUCUGGCUUCUUCUGUCUCUCAACUUUUCUAUCAUCUUUUUUUCAACUAUACCUUUUGUCUAUUUACUUGUGACUGGCUACUCUGUUCAUCCUGUCUUUCAUUUUCUCUCUAUUCUCCGUCACCUCUUCAUCUCCUCCUUAAACCUUUGUUCGCUACCCUCUUCCAACUCCACUCUCCUCUCUCCUCUCUCCUCUCUCUAUGGCCUUAAAAAGCUUUCAUUCUUUAUCCUGCUGUAUCUGUAGUUAAAUAUGAACUGUGAACUGGACACUCUGUCUCUGUUUCUCCUUAUCCCUCCCUCUCCAACUAAUCUAUGGCAGCAACAGCAACUGCUGAGGCCAUCUCUGCUGAGACCUGAGGAGCUCUCCAUGGAGUCAGGCAUCGACCCAGGCCAAGACUACUACAGGGACGAAUACUAUAAUUACGACCAGGGGUAUGACCUUCCUCAGUAUGGCAGUCGCAGGAAGCUGAUCUCUCCCAUGUAUGAUGAACAUGGAGAGCUGAUUAUGGAGGAUGAGUACUACAGCCCCCAUGGGUCUGAGCCUGGAGUGAGAAGGAAGCGGAUCAAGCUGGUGGUGGACAGAGAGUAUGAGACCAGCUCCACAGGAGAGGACAGCGCUCCUGAACCCCAGAGGAACCGCCUGUCUAACAUCAACAGCCACGCUAACAUCAACGGGAACAUCUACUUCGCCCAGAACGGGACCAUUGUGCGGACCAGGAGGCCUGGCCACCCCAACAAUCUCAAGGUGGGCUCCCCGGGCCGCUUGGGAAAACAGUUUAAAAAGUUGGACAUGCUAACUGAGACUCAGGAAGAGAAGCUUCCUCUAAACAGCGUAGGGGAACCAGUAACAGGAAAUGGAACAGGUACACUUACAGGCAUUUCCUCAACCGUUGACAUUAACCUCAACACCCGGCCGUCCAGCGGGUCCCUGGGGUCCAGCAUCACGGGCCUUGACAGUAUUGGGUCCAAAUCCAAUAUUGCCAAGGCCCUACAUGACAGGAACAGCAGGAGUAACUGUUGUGUAGACGAGCAGGAGUCGUGUGUGGACAACAUGGCGUCGAAAGAAACGUUGACGUCCCACAGUGACCACACACUGUCGGAUGAGGAGGAGCUGUGGAUGGGGCCUUGGAACAGCCUGCACAUACCAAUGACUAAAUUAUGACAUAUGGACUGCUGAGAGUUUAUAUUUUUCUGUUGACAAAGUUGACCAUGCUUUUAAUGUGUUGAGAUAUGGGAGCAACAAAUGAUUGUAUGCCUCUGCUGUAUAAGCGCCAAUCACUGUCCAAGACUAGCAGUGUGAUUGCGCUAACAGUAUUAUUUCAUUAUUCUUAUGAAUGAUGACUUUUGAUAUGGUGAUGUUAAACGUGUCAAAUACAUAUCCCUGAUAGAGCUAUUAUACAAAUCAGUCAACUUGCUAUGAAGCAAUGCUUGUCUCGAAAAAAAUGUAUGAAAAGUAAUGAAUGGUGAUUGGCAUUAUCCAUCAAAUGUACCUUGAGGACCUUUGUCUCGCUGGAUGUUGCGCAAUAUAAGUAUUUUCUGGAUUUAGAGGUGAAGGAUGUUUGGAGCCUACAUACUUUAUAAUACAGAUAAAUAUAAUUAUGUUAAUUAAGAAAUUAUAUGUAUUUUGCUAAAAUUGCAUUUUAUUUGUAAAUAAUCAAAUAUUCAGAUUUGAUUAUUUUGUGUUUGAAUCAUUUCCAAUAUUUUGAAAUCUUAUCAGAAAGUUUAUGGAAUUAUUGUUGUCUUUUAUUAUCAAUCAGAGUAUGGGGGAACAUUUGGACUUGUAACCAAUGACAUAGAAGUAAUGCAAACAUGUCUGUCAAUAUUUCAACAAAGAAAUAUGUUAAUAUUGUCAUUAUUUAAACUAUAUUGUUUUUAACAGACAUGUGUAUCUACAUGAUGUGGUAUUUUCAGUCCCUUAAAAUUUGAUGCAAAACUGUUUGAGAAAUGUUCUAAAUACAUCAGGUCCCUGCAGAUGGGGAAACACUACCAAAUAAUGUUUCAAUCUCAACAAUAAAGUUUUAACAUGCAAUUAUUUGGAGAACUGGCAUGAAUGAAGUAGCACAACAUCUGCAGGUAACUCAUGUCAAGACACAGGUAUUGUGUAGAAUGCUGUUUACAAAGGCCCAAUAUUGAACUCUGAAAAAGUACCAUUUGAGUGACUUUGGCAAGGAAAUGUGAAAUUCAUCCCUGUGGUUUUCAUUCAGUACACUCAUCAUAAAUAGUUUUUGUUGUCCCCAUUAGCUUGUGAUCUGAAAAUAAGUUGGUGGUAUUUGACAAACUUCCUAACCUAGAGAAUUUUUCUAAAGCAUCCUCCUUAUCAUCUUGAAUGACUUGGGAUUGGCAAUUGUAUAUGAUAUUAAAUGCUAAUCAUCUUUCAUAAGCUUGACUUUCUACCUAUAAGUCGUCUUCCAAUUUAUCUUCGGACAAUUGGAAUUCCAGACUAUAAAGAGAUGAGGUAAUGUAGA